GUAGGCUCACAUCAUUGGAUGAUCCCAGACAGGUCCAACGUCUCAACCAGCAUGCAGAGACCCUCUUUGGGAAGGAUCAUCUAUUCGAGCCAAAUUUUUCAGCUCCCAUGGCCUAUCCGGACAGGUAUCACGACCCUGCAGAGGAAGAGCUGUUGGGAGUAGAAUAUGCGUACAGCCAGUCUACCGACUACAUACAGAAAGCUGAAGAGCAAUCUCGUGAGGUCGACGAGGAGUUGGCAGAGUCAGAGGACGAGGGAAUUGAGGAUGACAAUGAUGAAAGUUCCCUUCCAGUAAACCACAUGGAUUCAGUCCAUGCUGCCCAUGCUGCUGUGACGAAGGAGGAGCAGGUGACAGAGGAGGUCAGCCCAGUGCUCGAGGAUGUACUGAUGAAACGAAGCCAUCUUCAUCUCCCUGGCUUUCAGGAAGUAGAGGAGCUUGCCCUUCUACUCCUUCAGCUGUCUGAUAACGGCGACCAUCACAUCAUCCCAGUCCCUCUGAGGGAGCAAAUCGCAGCAGCUGCCAACAAACUGGCUGACCAUGAUCGGUCUGCUCGUAAUUUUGUAAAGAAAUACGAGUCAAAGUGGGGGUAUAGUCUGUUUGGUAGGUGUUUAGGACCAGAAAGCCCAGAAAAUAGUUCUGCCCAAAAAACGAAAUUUGGAUGGAUGAGAGCAGCAGAGGUUACGGAGGAGUCACGACUUCUUUACAUCCUCAUUAAAAUGUUAAAGAAUCGGCCAACGGUUGGUUGCCUGUCAUCACCAGCGAAAGCUGCCACUUUGAUCAAAGGCAGCUACAAGAGGAUCGUUGACAGAGUUCGGGAUGAUCCUGUACUCAUUGACCUUGACAUACCUCUUCCAAACAUCAAUGCAAAGUCCAUCACCACUUUCAUCUCAAAAAAAGAAAAGAGGACAAACUUUCUAUCCACCACGCAACCAAAAGUCAAAUCCCAUCGUAACGUCCUAUCUACCCAAACCAUUCCAGAGGCCGGAAAGCUCCCUCAAUCCCUGCCAGCAGCCACUUUCCAGCAAGUACAAUAUUCAGAUAUCCCCCACGAAUCUGGAAAACGGCAUGGAGAAAAGAGGCGGCUUGAGUUUGACUCUCAACCAUCAACAUCUUAUGCCGUUGAGCCACCAACCAAAACCAAGUUGCUGCCACUUCUUCCAAAGACAUCAUCUCGUUGUAUGCCAUCAGCAGCUUCUGGAGUACCAAUCCUUUUGGUUGUGCCAUCACAACCACAGGCACAGUCCAUUUCCCUCAACCAACCAUCAAGCAGUGUACCAUUCUCAUUUCAACCUGCACCUCCUCCUCCACCAAAACAGACUCGUUUCCUCCCUAACCCAUCCAAGAAACCCUGUGCUGCAUGUCUCAUCGAAAAAUGUGGUGGGCUUCGAAAAAGGUACACACCAUCGAAAGCCAAAACUCGAGGUAAUACUAAAAAAAUCUUUACCUUCUGCCCAACCACAAACAGAUCAACUACACCCGGAUUUGAAGAGGUGUACAAUAAUUAUGAGCACUUUAAGAAAGUGGUUGACGAAGAGUUGGAGAGGAAACAAAGAAAUAGAGAGGAGGAAAAGUAGAUUAUUCAUUUUGUGUAUUUUUUCAGAACAUGGAUAGUUCAGUACCUUGAAUGCAGAUCAAUGUAUUUUCGCAUUAAUCAGGUACCAUACAUUACUAGAUACUGAUAAGAUUGUUUGUCUUGUCAUGUUGGACAUUUUUGAUGUGCCCAUCUCUUUAUAUUUUACUGGAACAGUAUUAAAAAACAAUCAGUAUUAUUUAACAAAUGUAAUACUUUAUUCUUUACAGUACAUUGCAAUGCAGUACUAUACCUUGCCAAAUAUUCCAUGCCUAUUCCAAAAUUAAGUGUGCAGAUAUAUACAUAUAUAUAUAUAUAUAUAUAUUACCGGCAUCUCAUUAUGUUGUUGCCUUCCUGCCAAAGUCAAAGUGUUGUUUAGUAUAGUACACAUAUUAUACUACGGGUACAGUACUAAGUAUUGCCAAAGAUUGUAUGCACAUCUUGUUAUAUGUUUGAUACCUCGUCUAGAGACUUUUAAAGCAAUAUAUUUGUUAAUGUCGUAGCUGGCUACCAAAGUCGAAAUAUUUUGUAUCAUUGUACAAAUCGUCCUUGUUUUCACGAAGUGACGGUAGUGAGGAAAAUCGCAAAGUGAAUGCAAUUUUUUUUUCACUACCGUCACUUCGUGAAAACAGCGACGAAAUGUAAUGCUUCAGGUAGAAAAGUAAAUCUUGCCAAAGAUUGUAUAUAUACUUUUUUUGUUGAAAGUGAAGAGAUUUGGUGACAGAAACGAGUACAAAUGACAAAGAAGAGCUGAUUUAAAUAAUUUGUUCAUAUUGUGAUACGUUUUGUAUGUUUGCCAUCGUUAAGUUACUAUUGUAUCGUUAUGAGAUGCCAAUAAUCUAUUUGAAUGAGUGGAAAAUCACUCAUUUAACACCUUAGCAGAGUAGAAGUUUGCUCAUGUUAGAGCGCUUUGUGAAAUUUCACUCUUAUGUUGAUGACUGGACGAUAUGACUCUGUAUUCAAUAUGCAUGUUUUAUUUCUCUUUUUUGGUUAUCAUUUUCAAAAUAGUGCUGAAGAUAUUCAAGUGCCUUGAACAUUGAAAGUAUUGUAAAUAGUCGGUUAUAAGUGUGUACUUUUUUACCAAAUUCCAGAUCUUGCCAUGACUGGGAAGCCAAAUAUUUGACUAAGAAUUGAGAAAACUAAAUUGUGCCAUAUUCAAAAGAUCAGUAUUAUAGUACAGCUGUAGUUCCGAAUGUGCAAACGUAAACCUUGCAUAGUUGAGAUUUAAAGCUGUAUCACGCAACCAAUGUUAUGCUAUAACUCAAUGGUCAACAUUUUUUAACCAAUUCAUGUGUGCUAACUCACUACCGAACUCAAUUUACUAAAAGAGUCGUUUAUUACUGUAUAUGUACUAUUACUUGUCCUUUUUAUACUUUUUUUUACUUUUUUUGUUGAAAAAAUACUUUAAACAUGGAACUGAAACCAAGAAUCAAAUACAAGGAAUGACGAACAAUUGAA